AUGUCGGCAUCUUCAAAGAAGCCGCCUGCCGCCCCGCCAGGGGCGCGUUCUCUCAAGUUUUUACUCAGAAAACUCUGUAAACAAAAUGAUAUGACGGAUACCGGCCGUCUUCAUGAGGAUACUGGCGACAAGUCUGGCCCCGAGAUCAUGGUGGCUCCCGAUUCCGAGGCUCCUUCGAAUCCUCGGAUAGCUGCUGCGCACGAGAGCCCAUCCGCCGCCGAGGCGCGACACAGCGCGGACCUUUAUAUACGCACGAGCUGGGUGGACGCGGCUCUGGCCCUCUCCGAACUCGAAAAGGGUAAUAUUGAGGGCGGUCGGACAUCGCUUUGGAUACGGGCCUGGCUCCAGGAGCAGCUGUUCAUACUCGGCUGCUUCCUGCAAGGCGACGCCGGGAAGGUCCUCUUCGUCGCGAUCCUCGUCCUCUCCACCUUCUGCGUCGGCCUCAAGUCCGCGCAAAUCCACUCCAGGGUCGACCAACUCUGGGUGCAAGAGGGUGGGAGGUUAGAGGCAGAACUGAAGUAUACGGCGAAGGCGCUAGGCGAGGCGGACUCAUCCACGCACCAACUUAUCAUACAAACUGCCAAGGAUCCUGACGUAUCGCUGCUGCACGUCGGCGCGCUGCUUGCGCACCUGAAGGUGGUCCAGGCGGCGACUCGAGUCACGAUUCAUAUGUACGACAUCGAGUGGCGGCUGAAGGACCUCUGCUACAGCCCGAGCAUUCCGGACUUCGAGGCGUAUCACAUCGAGAAGAUAUUCGACAACAUCAUACCCUGCGCCAUCAUCACACCGCUCGACUGCUUCUGGGAGGGCUCCAAACUGUUAGGGCCCGACUAUCCCAUUGUGGUUCCGGGUCUACAGCACAAGUUGAGAUGGACGCACCUGAAUCCGCAAGAGGUCCUGGAGGAAGUCAGGAAGCUGAAGUUCCAGUUUCCGCUGAGUACGAUGGAGGCUUACAUGAAACGGGCCGGCAUCACGUCCGCCUACAUGAAAAAGCCCUGCUUGGACCCCACCGAUGCACAUUGUCCAGACACGGCACCCAACAAGAGGACCGGACAUGUCCCGGACGUGGCGGCGGAGCUGUCGCACGGCUGCUACGGUUUCGCGGCGGCGUACAUGCACUGGCCCGAGCAGCUGAUCGUGGGCGGCGCCACCAGGAACUCGACGAGUGCGCUGCGUAGCGCCAAAGCGCUGCAGAGCGUGGUGCAGCUGAUGGGCGAGCGCGAGAUGUUCGAGUACUGGGCGGACCACUACAAGGUGCACCACAUCGGCUGGAGCCAGGAGAAGGCGGCCGCGGUGCUCGACGCCUGGCAGAGGAAGUUCGCCGCUGAAGUAAGGAAAAUGACUACAUCAGAGUCUGUGUCUCCAUCGUACAGCUUCUAUCCCUUCUCAACGUCCACGCUAAACGACAUCCUCGGCAAAUUCUCAGAGCUGUCAUUGAAGAACAUCAUACUGGGCUAUAUGUUCAUGUUGAUUUACGUUGCGGUCACACUGAUACAAUGGCGCGAUCCCAUUCGCUCUCAAGCCGGUGUUGGCAUCGCUGGAGUGCUAUUGCUCUCUAUUACAGUGGCCGCUGGCUUAGGUUUUUGCGCUUUAUUAGGUAUACCAUUCAAUGCGUCCAGCACCCAGAUAGUGCCGUUCCUUGCGCUGGGGCUAGGCGUGCAGGACAUGUUCCUUCUCACUCACACGUACGUGGAACAAGCGGGAGAUGUGCCACGGGAAGAGAGGACGGGCCUGGUUCUAAAGAAGAGUGGGCUAAGCGUGCUGUUGGCUUCACUGUGCAACGUCAUGGCGUUCUUAGCGGCGGCAUUGUUACCCAUACCGGCUUUAAGAGUCUUCUGUUUGCAGGCAGCGAUCCUGCUCCUGUUCAACCUGGGCUCGAUGCUGCUGGUGUUCCCGGCGAUGAUCUCGCUGGACCUGCGGCGGCGGUCGGCCGCGCGCGCGGACCUGCUCUGCUGCCUGGUGCCCGAGGCGCCGGUGGCCAGGGCCAAGAAGCCAGCGGAGCGACCCAGCCGCACCGCCAGAGGCGACAAGAGCAAUUGGAAGGACGCUACGCGACAACCUCUAGAUCCGGAGGUGUCGGGAGAUGUGGCUAAGACUUGCUGCCUAAGUUUGUCUCUCACCAAAUGGACCAAAAAUCACUAUGCACCAUUUAUCAUGCGGCCUGCUAUUAAGGUGACUUCGAUGCUAGCAUUAAUAGCCGUAAUACUGGCGAGCGUCUGGGGUGCAACCAAGGUCAAAGACGGCCUGGACCUCACGGACAUUGUGCCCGAAAACACGGACGAGCACGAGUUCCUUUCGCGGCAAGAGAAAUACUUCGGCUUCUACAACAUGUACGCCGUGACGCAGGGCGACUUCGAGUAUCCGACCAACCAGAGGCUGCUGUACGAGUACCACGAUCAGUUUGUCCGGAUACCGAACAUAAUCAAAAACGACAACGGCGGCCUCACCAAGUUCUGGCUCAGCCUGUUCCGCGACUGGCUGCUCGACCUGCAGGCGGCCUUCGACAGGGAGGUCGCCAGCGGCUGCAUCACUCAAGAAUAUUGGUGCAAAAACGCCAGCGACGAAGGCAUACUGGCGUACAAACUGAUGGUGCAGACCGGGCACGUGGACAACCCUAUCGAGAAGUCGUUGGUCAGCACCGACACGAAGAACGGUCACAGACUGGUCGACAAGGACGGCAUAAUCAAUCCGAAGGCCUUCUACAACUACCUGUCCGCGUGGGCUACUAACGAUGCGCUGGCUUACGGAGCCUCCCAGGCCAAUCUCAAGCCGCAGCCGAAGAGGUGGACCCACUCCCCCGGCGACGUGGACUUGAAAAUACCGAAAUCCUCACCGCUGAUAUACACCCAGCUACCGUUCUAUUUGUCCGGCCUCAGUGACACGGACAGCAUAAAGACUCUGAUAAUGUCCGUCCGAGAGUUGUGUCUGAAGUUCGAAGCGAAAGGCUUGUCGAAUUUCCCGUCUGGGAUACCGUUUUUGUUCUGGGAGCAGUACCUCUAUUUGAGGACGUCGCUAUUACUGGCGUUGGCUUGCGCUUUAGCCGCCGUAUUUGUGGCUGUGAUGGUGCUAUUGCUGAACGCGUGGGCUGCGUUACUCGUGACGUUGGCUCUCGCCACUCUGGUGCUUCAGCUUCUAGGAGUUAUGGCGAUUUUGGGCGUAAAACUGUCCGCCGUCCCAGCGGUUUUACUUGUACUGGCUAUUGGGAGAGGAGUCCAUUUUACCGUACAUCUGUGCCUGGGCUUCGUGACCUCAAUCGGGUGCAGGAGACGCCGCGCCUCCUUGGCGCUGGAGUCGGUGCUGGCCCCGGUACUGCACGGCGCCCUGGCGGCAGCUCUGGCGGCCUCGAUGCUGGCCACCAGCGAGUUCGGCUUCGUCGCCAGGCUAUUCCUUAGGCUGCUGCUGGCGCUGGUCGUGCUGGGCCUGAUAGACGGGCUGCUGUUCUUCCCCAUUGUGCUAUCGAUACUCGGUCCCGCUGCCGAGGUGCGGCCGCUGGAGCACCCCGAGCGGCUGUCCACGCCGUCGCCGAAAUGCUCGCCGGUGCACCCGCGGAAGUGCGGCUCGGGCGGCGAGAAGCCGAGCCGGGCGAAGUGCGCGCCGCGCCCCAGCGCGCCCUCGCUCACCACCAUCACGGAGGAGCCCAGCUGGCACAGCUCCGCGCCCUCCGUCCAGUCCUCGAUGCAGUCGAUCGUCGUCCAGCCCGAGGUCGUGGUGGAGACGACCACGUACAACGGCAGCGACUCCGCCUCAGGCCGCUCCACGCCCACCUCGAAGACCACGCACACCGGCGCCAUUACAACGAAGGUUACGGCGACGGCGAACAUAAAAGUGGAAGUCGUGACGCCAAGCGACAGGAAGUCGAGGCGCUCCUACCAUUACUACGACCGGCGCAGGGACCGUGACGAUGACCGCGACAGAGACAGAGAACGCGACAGAGACCGUGAGAGGGACAGAGAUAGGGAGAGGUCGAGAGACCGCGAUAGAAGGGAUCGUUACAGAGACGAAAGAGACCACCGCGCUUCCCCGAGGGAAAAUGGAAGGGACUCCGGUCACGAGAGCGACUCCUCCCGUCAC